AUGCUCACUAUCGCUCGCUCACGUCGUGCCGCCGAAUCCCUCUCGAGUCCGGUCUCGUUUGAAAACGACCUCCGCCGUCGCUGCCAAGAACUGUCCAUCCUCCAGCCUUUGAACCAACUUCGAUACUUUGGCCUGGCCAUGUCCCCGGAGCGGGCGAAUCAACCCCGUCACCAGUAUGCUCGCAUUGCUCGUCUCAAUAAUGCAAUGGCCGACUAUGUAAUGGUCUUUGGCGGGUCCUACGGCAGCCUGGAUGCGCCUAAAGUACCUCAUUUGGUGCAAGGCUAUAUUGUUUCGUCUGCUCCAGUGCUGAGCUUCCUUGAAUUUGACCCUUCUGGCUCAUCGCCCCGAUGCGCGAUUAACAUCGUUUGGCCGGUGCUGAUUGGCUUUGGAGCUACAGCAUCGAGGCGCACAGCUUAG